AUGUCCUCCGAGUCUCGCCUUAAAGUUGGCUACAUCUACACACCCCCUUCAAGUUCAAACAAUUAUAUCUCGGAUAUCACGGAAUGGGUUGUCCAUCCACAAUUUGACUUCGAAGAUGUCAAAAAAUCAUUUUUCAAAGUGGCCUAUAUACGGGAGGAUAUUACACAGACUUCGGGCGUGGAGACUGGAGUCUUCCGUCCAACAUAUGUGAGUACUGAUGAGCUUGCGCUGUCGCCAACCGGAUUUGUCGUCCCGGAUGGGUGGAAAAAGGUCUGUAUGUAUUCGGAUGAAGAAAAUGUCCCGCUACCAGCAUUACAGAAGGUUGCCAAACCGGAUGACGCAACAAUCCCCUUGACUUUCAGCGCGGAUUUCGGUGACGACGAAUUCAUGUCGGCCAUCAGUUCGCUGAGUGAAGGGAUAUGGAUGGACAACGAUACAUCAGCAUUUGAAGCGCCCUCCCCUGCCCCUCCUACUAGUAUGGGCUUUGGGCUCCCACUAGCUCCGGAAUCAACACCAUCGUCCCAACCCCCUGCAGUUGCACCACCGACAUAUGGUGGGCCCGCACUUUUGCUCACCUCCCUAAUUCCACAACCGAUGUUCAUAACGACGCCGAACAUCGUUGAGGGGCACUAUAUCUUAUGUGACCCCCAACAGUUCCGUAGGGGCAUUAACUACACCCAAGACUACAUCGAGAGGCACUUCGUCGCGGCGUGGGUGUGCCUCCAAGAUGGUAGAACUUGGGGCAAAACAUUUCGUUGCACCAUGUUCGGCUUGGAGACAAGUACCGUUUACAAGGCACAAUGUAUUCGGGAGAUUCAAACGUUGAUUGCCCAUGUCGACGGGUUAUGGUCAACCACCAGAGAAAGUCAAACCGGCCAACGAAAAGACUUGAAACUCGUCGACAAUGCUAUCAAAUUGGUAACAAGCGAGCGGACGGCAUUCGUCAAGAGUUUGAAAGCCCGCGCAUGCUGCCUACAUCGAACAUUCAGACAGGGCUUCCAUCGGAGGUUACGAUCUUCAAAGCCAGCCCCCCCAUAUGAUUACAGCUUACAUCAAUGGCCUUACUGGGUUGACGUCCCACGAAGUGUGGCCUCAUCGAUUAACUUCACCCGCGACGCACAAGGGAAACCGUAUCGUAGGUUGACGCUAUUGAUCAUAAUGGCGCAGCGGCUAUUGCGAACGGUCCAGAACAGCGGUGAACGCACCUUGCUGGACCUGUUCCCUAAUGACUACCGAGAAAUUCCGACACAACUCAUGUCGGUGAUAUGUGCAAUGUAUGUAUUGAAGUUCAAGCGUCGCUUUGUUAUCAACCCUGGCACUUUACGCUCUGCGGACGUGCGUCACGAGGCCGUCCACCAAUUACAUCUCCUCACGAUGGCCCGCCAGCGCACUGACAACGAAGGAGUUGAGUUGAAUUACUGGAUCACUACCCGCGACGGAGAAGGUGGCUGGCUAGCUGACCUCCGAAAUGCGCUGGCGUUAGCAAACGGCCUACGAGGCCCGACUCGGAGGCAUGAUUGA